UAUACGUAUAGAUGCGGGUAUACAGCUGACUCGAACUAGAAAGUGACUAGAAAAGCAGUCACGUUCUUCGAUCCAUGUAUAUUGAGCCUGCAUUUUCAGCAGAAUCAAAUUUAUGCGAGCUGCUUUUCCGUUUCGAAAUUUAAAAAAGCCCCGUUUGAAAAUUCGCUUUUUGACUGCUGGAAAAAUUCAACGAUACGGUGGAUUUGGGUGUCAAGCUCAAUUGAGAAAUAUUUCACGACGUGUAGAUGAGAAAUGUUGCCGCACCUCCCGGUAAACCAAGAUCGGGCGUUCUCGAGUGAUGCGGGAAAUUUCCCCUUCCAACUCGUUUCGCCCAGACGCCAAGGCUUCUGGAUAAUCUAAUCCGAUAUUCAAACUCCCGCGUUUGUAUCUCAGCACUAACUAAUCCCUACGCACGUAUCCGCGACGGGUCUGAAUUUCCACUAAUUCUACAAUUAAUCGAGCAACGCUGGUCGAGUGUCGAGUCGUUCGUUAAAUCCUCGCGCGUUUUGUGAAGAUGAUAAAAUGUGUUGGACAAAAUAAAACAACGUUCCAAUUACUGACAGAAUUUUUUUUAACCGAACAAAAUUUUUCCUCAAUUUUUGAUCCACCGAACGCCGUCAAGAUUUCUUUUGACGUGGAGGACGUUAUUGAGUGCGGAUCGUCAAUUCCGCUUGUUUGUUUCAACGGUAAUAUUUUUCGGUUGAGAUGCCACUUUGAACGGUCGAGUGCCUUGAAUUAAAUAAAACUGUUGACGAUCUGGCGCCAGCUGCGGACGGGGGGGUGGAAAAGUUCACGCCGAAAAUUUCUCCUAAAAUCUGCCCACUGCAGCAGUUUGUCUUUCAAGUGGAUAUACGGCAACGUUCAUAAAUUUACCGGAAGUAAACCGUGCAUACACGUACUUAAAGUCUAUAUAGCGCUGUACUAUAUCCGUGAGAAAUACAAGUUGGGUAACGUAUAUCAAAGUUUUUCCGUUACAAGGGAAAAUUGGAGCGGUGAAUUAUUAAUAUAUACUACCAAGUUCCAAAGUGUGUAUACCUGUAUUUCGGCAAGUGAUGUUGAAUUCGCGAGUGAAAAUUGAUUCAGAGUUGGCCCGUUAAUAUUUUAUUUCAACUUUGAACAACACCCCUUUGAUGUGGAGAUAAGUUGAGGGUAAAAAUUCAAAAAAAAAAAAUUAAAAUUUACGUAGAUGGUCAAUUAGAAAGGAUUUUAUUUUGUCUUUUUCACGAUACUUCGAUCGGAGAUAACAUCGUGCGAUUGUUUCGUAGAAUAUUCAACGAAACUUAAAUUUUGUUUUUCUCUUCGGAGCCCUCGUCUGCUUUGAUCAACGACGGAGAAAUGAUCCCCGAUUUUCUGACUCCUUUCAUCUGCGUCACCAUUACUUUCACAAUUAUUGGUAAUAACCCUGCCCACAUUUCACCGUUUCCUACGGGCAAUUGCACGUUAUGCUGCCCGAUCCAACCCGACCGAGAUAUCGAGUAUCAGCUUUACACCAGGCGGAAUCCCGGCAUCCCGAAUCUCCUGGUCGUCAACAACGCAGCGACCUUGCAAAGAAGCUCAUUCAACAGAAGCAAUCCAACCGUUGUUUACAUACACGGUUACAGCGAACGAGCACCUGGACUCAGCGCGGCUACUAUACGAGAUGCGUAUCUGAGGCGCGGAGAUUACAACGUGGUUCUGGUAGAUUGGGGCAAAUUGUCGGCACUCCCGUGGUACAUUACUGCUGUGAGAAACACCAGGCUAGUCGGACCUCACGUGGGUGGCAUGGUGAGGUGGCUGGACGCCCAGGGCGCCGUUCCCAUGUCCAGAGUACACGUAAUCGGGUUCAGUCUAGGUGCGGAGGUCGCCGGUUUCAUGGGGAAGUCUCUAGCUCCACAGCAGGUGGGAAGAAUUACCGGACUUGACGCCGCUUUUCCUCUGUACAUGGACACGGGUGCCGAUGGACAUUUGACAUCGGCUGACGCAACAUUCGUAGACGUGGUACACACGGAUGGGGGUAUUUUCGGCUUUCCAACCCCACUGGGACACGCAGAUUUUUACCCCAACGGAGGUCGACCUCCGCAGCCCGGAUGUGCAACCGACAAUGUGAUCUAUAGCGGAAUAAUUCGCAUAAUUAAUCAGUACAUUGCCUGCGGUCAUAAUCGUGCUUGGCGAUUUUAUGCGGAAUCCGUGAACAAUCCGAAUGGAUUUCCGGGGAGUCGAUGCAUCAGAUGGAGACCAGAAAUUCGCGGUAAUUGUAGCUGGACUCCAGAUGCUCUGAUGGGAUUCGGCGCGGAUCGUAGAAUACGGGGGAUGUUUUAUCUCAGAACGAAUGCCCAGCCUCCGUACGCAAGGAAUAUAACGGGUUACGGUAUCCGGAGAUGAGAUCAUCCGUAACUGCGGAGGAACAAGAGAAAAAGGAAAAGAAAAAAUAAUAAUCGAAGAUAAAAUAAGAAUUGGAUGAACCAUAACGAAAAAUGUACGAGAAGAUACGGACCACCCUUAUCCCUACAGGGUACGGACGGCGUUGUAUUUUUGGCUCCACAAAAAACCCCGAGGCGAUAUGUGGGACGACGACGACUCUUUUUCUGUGAUAUUAUUGCACCGAGUAUACGUCUUGGAGAAAUCGGACAUCGAUUUUGCCGAAUCGAAUCUACGGACAUUUAUUUUUUAAUGUUCGUAAUUAUCAAUUGAUAAUUCUGACGAGUUUUUAACAAAAUGAAUUUAUAAUUUACGAAGUUAUUUUUCAGUCAUUCAGAGGAUCAAACGCUAAGAUUAAUUAGAUGAAAGACUGCUUAUUAGAGACUAUAAACUUGCGUGUCUCACGCACGGAACGCACGUAGCAUGCAUGCCGUAGUUUAGAUAAAAAUGAAGGUAGGUUAGCGAAGUCACUAUCUACACGAUAUAUUUAAGUCUUUAUCUGAGCUAUAUUACGGUAGUUUUGGUUAAAGUUUGCCAGGACACGUCAGAAUAUCUUAAGUUAUGCAAAGGGAGAGAAAAAUUCGAUAGCUGUCCCACGAAUGGUGUCGACUCCCCAUAGGUAUUACCCACCGAUUGCUCGUUGUGGCGAUGUUGAAAAAAUAACGAUCGAUAUUCCGGUUGAAAAACUUUGGAAAUUUCGCCCCCCACAAUUCGGGAGCGAUGAGACCGCGCCUUUGGAAUGUACAUGUAACGUGACUCGACGUAAUACCAUACCGGUUGCCGAUGGGCAAUGGAUUAUCGGUAAAGCCAAGAUUCAAGGUCGAACGAGUCGUUAUUCAGAUAGAUUAUCAAAAUUGCAAGUAAUUUUCCUAUGUACGUUAUACCGUUUCGCCAUGCCAAUUUAAAUUUCAUUACAUUUUCGGAACGUUGGUACGGUAAGCGCAUGUAGUCGUAUGUUCUAGAUCCAAUUUCAUACCAGACUAGAUAUUCGGAAACCGACGAACUUUGGAGGAGGAAGGAAUAUUUCUCCUCGAAUGACCUCGUGGAUGCUACACUAAUUUCGAUGGGUACUCGGACUGUUUCAAAGACUUUUGAUAAACCGAACCGAGCUGCAGCUCCGACGUGAGACCAUGAGAACGGGAAAGUAAGUUUUGAAUAAGCGGGCAAAAUUCACGAAGUUUUAGCCCCGUCGUAUCAGCGCGGAAAAAUCCGAGGCAACUGAAAUUCUGCAGACUUUGGUGAAGGGUUGGAAAAAAAAAAAAAAACGCAGGCUGUCUCGGUUACCAAGAAUCCUUGUGUGUAGCUCGCUAACUUCAGUCGUGCGGAUUAAAAAAAGCAGGCAUGUUUUAUAGCUGCUCAAGCAGCGACGGUUUCGCAAUUUUUCCGUCAGCUUCAAGAGGAUUUUCUCGCUUUGCUCUUUUCCGUGUCUCUUCAAGACCAGAAGAAAAUAAAAAAAAAAAAAAAUACAUGAUACACUUCCUUCACGUUUCUACUCCCUACUUCAAACCGCCGCAUUGCUACAGCUUCUUUUAAUUAUUCAAAAAAGAAUUCUGUUCGCAAUUUUCAUUUUUUGUACCCAUAAAAAAACGCUCGUUCAGUUUUUUUGAAACUUUCCUGCAACUUUUUCGAGAAUCCUGCUUUUUGAUUUCGAACACUCGAGACAUCCCGGAGCAUGCCGACUGUCGCGACCACGAAGAUUUUUUGAAAUAGUUCCACGUUAUCCCAAUUGUACGUCCAAUCGCGUUACCGUUUGUCACGAAUGCCCUAUAAAUGAAAAGGUUCGAUGACACAGACGCUCAUUCUAUACCCGAUCGGCGAUGACGUUACACGGCUAUACUCAUGUCGAGAGACAACCGAUGUAUAAGUCCUUUUCACGUUAAAUAUGUAUACGAAAGUAGAGCUGAUACGUAGCGUUUCUAUACGGGACGUUGAAAAGGCGACCUUUACAUAUCCGCGCCAUUGUUCCUGAUCCGGAGUAGCUCGAACAUUAAUUAAAAAUUUCGCGGUGAAAACUAGUUGAAAGGUUGACUCGCUCGUACGGGAUGUCGAACCGCUUCCAGUGCCCAUUCGAAUUAUCGAUGAAAUGCGCCGGGGGUUAUUGAGAUGAUAAAUGAAAGACAUCGAGUGCGUGAGAACGUACGUACAAAGUUCGCCUUUUACAGAUCGAUCGAACGUGGAUCAACGGAUCGAAGUGCGAACGGCGACAACGCGUAACCGCUGCAUAAAUAAAACACGGCCCAACGUCCCAAUUGCCAAAUGUCUAUCUUACGCCGAAACCGUCUCCCACCCGCAUGCAAUUUAUCGCUAGUUUUACUUUCGUUGCGUAUACCCGCCCGCUGAGAGAACGGCACGUAAGAUGAUAAACAGCUGGUAUAUAUAGCU